CCCGUGCUACUAUGCUUCCCCGUGCCACUAUGCUUCCCCGUGCCGCUAUGCUUCCCCGUGCCACUAUGCUGCCCCGUGCCACUAUGCCUCCCCGUGCCACUAUGCUUCCCGUGCCACUAUGCUGCCCCGUGCCACUAUGCUGCCCCGUGCCACUAUGCUGCCCCGUGCCACUAUGCUGCCACAUGCCACUAUGCUGCCCCAUGCCACUAUGCUGCCCCGUGCCACUAUGCUGCCCCGUGCCACUAUGCUGCCCCGUGCCACUAUGCUGCCCAUGCCACUUUGCUGCCCCGUGCCACUAUGCUGCCCCGUGCCACUAUGCUGCCCCGUGCUACUAUGCUUCCCCGUGCCACUAUGCUUCCCCGUGCCGCUAUGCUUCCCCGUGCCACUAUGCUGCCCGUGCCACUAUGCCUCCCCGUGCCACUAUGCUUCCCGUGCCACUAUGCUGCCCCGUGCCACUAUGCUGCCCGUGCCACUAUGCUGCCCCGUGCCACUAUGCUGCCCCGUGCCACUAUGCUGCCCUGUGCCACUAUGCUGCCCCAUGCCACUAUGCUGCCCCGUGCCACUAUGCUGCCCCAUGCCACUAUGCUGCCCCGUGCCACUAUGCUGCCCCGUGCCACUAUGCUGCCCGUGCCACUAUGCUGCCCGUGCCACUAUGCUCCCCGUGCCACUAUACUGCCCCGUGCCACUAUGCUGCCCCGUGCCACAAUGCUGCCCUGUGCCACUAUGCUGCCCCGUGCCACUAUGCUGACCCGUGCUACUAUGCUUCCCCGUGCCACUAUGCUGCCCCGUGCCACUAUGCUGCCCCGUGCCACUAUGCUGCCCCGUGCUACUAUGCUUCCCCGUGCCACUAUGCUUCCCCGUGCCGCUAUGCUUCCCCGUGCCACUAUGCUGCCCCGUGCCACUAUGCCGCCCCGUGCUACUAUGCUUCCCCGUGCCACUAUGCUGCCCCGUGCCACUAUGCUGCCCCGUGCCACUAUGCUGCCCCGAGCCACUAUGCUGCCCCGUGCCACUAUGCUGCCCCAUGCCACUAUGCUGCCCCGUGCCACUAUGCUGCCCCGUGCCACUAUGCUGCCCCGUGCUACUAUGCUUCCCCGUGCCACUAUGCUGCCCCGUGCCACUAUGCUGCCCCGUGCCACUAUGCUGCCCCGUGCCACUAUGCUGCCCCGUGCCACAAUGCUGCCCUGUGCCACUAUGCUGCCCCGUGCCACUAUGCUGACCCGUGCUACUCUGCUUCCCCGUGCCACUAUGCUGCCCCGUGCCACUAUGCUGCCCCGUGCCACUAUGCUGCCCCGUGCUACUAUGCUUCCCCGUGCCACUAUGCUUCCCCGUGCCGCUAUGCUUCCCCGUGCCACUAUGCUGCCCCGUACCA